AUGAAGGAAAGGUUAAUUGAUGAAGCCGAUGAUGAUGAUGAUUGGGCUGAGGAUACCACCUGGAAGAAAUCCUGCAUUAAGCCUGAUGCUCCAAUGAUCACUAAAGUUGAAUUUAUAAAUAAUUCAGUUCCCAAGACCAUUAUUCACUGGAGAAGCUCAACAAAUGCAGAAUGUCACUUUGAAAUAAGAUACAGAACAAUAUCGGAUCCUAAUAUUAGCUGGACUCUGGUUGAUAAGAAUGCUUUUAGCAUCAAUGGAAAUUCAGGUCAUUUUUACAACUGGGUACCUUUCAAGGAAUAUGAGUUUCAGAUCCGCUGCUACCUCAUAAAAAGCAACAACUACUGGAGUGACUGGAGCAACUCUUUUAUAAACAAAACACCUGAAGCAGACCCUGCCGGAGUCUUAGAUGUGUGGAGUUCAUGUGAGCCAAUUAAAUCAAACAAACAUAAAAGAAUAAUCGUCUAUUGGAAGCCUCUUCAUCCUCAGGAAACUCGGGGCAUUAUUCUUGGUUAUCGCAUAUUUUAUCAACAAAAUGGACGUGAAAUGACCAUCCGAGUGUGCAAUGCAUCAGAGACUCAAUACAGUUGGCAAACUCCUUGGACACCAGACAACAUCUUUGUAACAGCGUUUAACUCCAAGGGAGAUUCUACACCUGCAAUGCUCCACAUAGGAGAACCAAAUUUGGUGGCUCCCAGAAACCUUAGUGUGAGACAAUAUGGAGGUUCUAGAAUUUAUGUUGAAUGGGAACCACCGGAUGAAGUCAGUGAGCCUGUGCUGGGCUAUGUGGUUGACUGGAGAGAAGCAGCUGACAACAACAAGCAGCUACUUGAUUGGAAAAGGCUUCCGAAGGACAAUCACUCCUUGUUACUAGGACAAUUUUCUCCACUGCAAGAAUAUCUAGCAGAAGGAAGCAUUAAACCAAGGAAACGCUAUAAUAUUUCUGUCACUGCAAUGUACCUGAAAGGAAGAGGAAAGUCUUGUUCAGCUCAAGGAUAUUCUAUAGAAGGAAAACCUACAACAGGACCAAAUGUUGCUGUGUUGACAUUUGCUGGACAGCAAGUACUUUUAAAAUGGGGAGAAAUUUCUCUUGAAGAACAACAAGGAUUUAUCACCAACUACACCAUAUACCUGAAGAGAGGUGCUGAUGGGUCAUAUCUUGCUUCAUAUAAUAUCAUAAAUCCAACUGUGAGGACUUAUUGGCUGACACUUGGUUUUGAUGAUGUUUACAUUGUGUAUAUGACUGCGACAACAGCUGCAGGAGAAGGGGCCAAGGGAGCAGAGUUGGCCAUCAAGCAAGACUAUUACAGCAUUGCUCUUCCACUUCAACUAAGUGUGGCGAUAACCAUUCCAUCGGCUUUUCUGUUAACUCUCACAUUUGCAAAAUCAGUCAGACAAAGAAUUAAAUCAAUGUGCAAGGUGUUUUUACCUGGUUGGGCUCAGGAAAAAUUCCCCAAUGUGGAAAACAGCAAUGUGGUGAAAGGACUACAGAAAAAUGAUGAAGUUCCCUUUCUACAUACUGCAGCACUAUUAGUAUAUAACGAUCCACCGAUAACAGAAGUAGAAGAAACUUUACUACCAAGAAUCAACAAAAGCUUAAUCCAGACUGUGCAUAGAAAUUCUAAACAACAAAUAGAAGAAGCUGCUUUUGAGAACCCAAUUUCAGAUAUUUCAGAAGCUCAUAAUUCUCAUCUGUCUCAACCAAAUGAAGACACAGAAACCAUGGGCUACAAGCCUCAAACAUCCAGCAGAUGCCAACCGAUAGUUUUAUCACAUAAUGAUGAUGAAUCAAUUCCAAACAUUGGAAGUAAUCAAGUUAAAGUAUACAAAGAUCUCAACUCUCCAGGUUUUGACAGGUUUCCAGAUAUUUCUAGUAUUGAUGGAAUCCUAGAUAUGAACACAGAUUUGACAUCCAACCAUAAUGGGAUUCAAGAUGAUCAAAAUUAUAUCCUUAAGGAGGAAGAGGAACAGUUCCCAGCCAAUGAGCAUCACAGAACAUAUAUAACAGACGGACUACUUCAAGAGCAAACUCUACUACCAGAUGAAUUUGUUGACUGUUUACUGCACAUAGAAGAUGAUUCUACAGAUAUCAAAUCUUAUUUUCCUCAGAUCGUGGCCAUUCAGUGA